AUGUUGCCAAUUCAUAAAUUGGAUGAGAUUCGUAGAGAAUUGACUUUCGAUAGAUGUUUUUCCUCUUGCACAAGUAAAAUUUGGGUUUUCUACCAGGAUGAUUUUGCAGUUUCAGUUCUUGAGAAUCACGAGCAGGUGCUCCACAUAGAAAUCCAUAGCCGAUCAUUUCCAGAGACUUUCCAUGUUUCGGUUGUUUAUGCGAAAUCCACUAAACAGGCGUGGCAAAUUUUAUGGACAAAUCUGGCUGCAUUUAGAUAUCAUUAUGCAAGUGUCCCUUGGAUGGUUGGCGGCGAUUUCAACGUAAUUCAGUCCUUGGAAGAAUAUUCGGGGUCUUCAAUCCAAGAUCAUGUUGCUAUUGAGGAGUUCAAUGACUGUAUAGCUAGUUGUGAGCUUUUUGAGCUUUUGACAGUUGGUGAGGAAUUUACAUGGGGUGCCACAAGAAGGCAAGAUUUCCUGGCAAAAUUUGCUCCUGUUUUGCAAGCAGAGGCUUUAGCGCUGCUUAACUCUUUGGAGCUUGAAUUUGAUGAGGAGCCGGAUAUCCGCGUCUGGAAACCAUGCAAGACUGGCAGUUUUUCCAUUAAAACAGCCUAUGAACAAUUUAGAAGGAGGAAGCCAAAGGAGCCUCUGCUUAAAAAUAUAUGGAACCAGCGACUUCAAAUGCGGAUAUCUCUCUUCAUGUGGAGAUUGAGGAAUUUGUUACUACCUUUUCCGGAAACCUUACGCAAGAUUGGUUUGCAGGACCUGUGGAAGUUGUGCUACAAGGUCUUAUUUGAGGGGGUGGUUGCUUCGGGUCAUGUGCUAGUUCGCAAGAUUACAAAUCAUGUCUCGGAUAUUUUACGGGUACAUGUGAUGCCAAGCAAAUCCAUAGCAGAGUUGGAGUUUUUAGAAAGGCAUUUUCAUAUACGGAAUGGUAGGGUUUUAAAAAGGACUUGCAUCCCUGUGAGUUGGAUGCCGCCAUUGGAAGGGUCUUUUAUCUUGAAUAUAGAUGGUUCUUCAAGAGAUCAAGGUGUUGGCUAUGGGUUCAUAAUUCGUGGAAGGGGAGGUUUACUUUUUGGUUUGAGGAAAUGUGAACAUUUGGGUUUGCAUCCAGUUCUGGUACAGACUAACAAUAAGGUUCAUGUGAACAUCUAUGGUAAUCAAGUCCAAGAUGAUCAAGGUGUUCGGGUUUCAAGUACUGUCCAAGCUCAAGGAGUGGCUCAAGAUCCAUUAUCCAACAUUGGAGGCCUAAUGACUCAAGCUAGAAGUAAAAGGAUGAGGAGUGCACUUAAUAAUCUUAUAUCAAAUGGUUUAGCCCAAGAAAAUGUCAAGUGUGGAAGUUACAAGCCCAAGAUUAUUAAUGUGUUACAAGGCCCAUUUGAGGAAGGAAAUUUCGGCCCACAAACCAAGCAAGGGAGGUCGGCCCUAUCUCCUAAUGUUUUUCUACUUGUGGAGCUUUGUUAA